AUGAGCUCGUUUGACCUGCCAGCGCCCUCGCCACCUCGAUGCAGCCCCCAGUUCCCCAGCAUCGGCCAGGAGCCCCCCGAGAUGAACCUUUACUAUGAGAACUUCUUCCACCCCCAGGGCAUGCCCAGUCCUCAACGGCCCUCCUCCUUCGAGGGCAGCGGCGAGUAUGGGGCCACCCCCAACCCCUACCUCUGGCUCAACGGGCCAGCCAUGACCCCACCACCCUACCUGCCCGGCACUAACGCCAGCCCCUUCCUGCCCCAGGCCUAUGGCAUGCAGAGGCAGCUACUGCCCAGCGACCUAGGCUGGCUGCCCAUCCCCUCUCAGGAGGAGCUCAUGAAGCUGGUGCGCCCACCAUACUCCUACUCAGCCCUCAUUGCCAUGGCCAUCCAUGGGGCGCCUGACCAGCGCCUCACGCUGAGCCAGAUCUACCAGUACGUGGCUGACAACUUCCCCUUUUACAACAAGAGCAAGGCUGGCUGGCAGAACUCCAUCCGCCACAACCUGUCGCUCAACGACUGCUUCAAGAAGGUGCCCCGAGAUGAGGACGACCCAGGCAAAGGGAAUUACUGGACUCUGGACCCCAACUGUGAGAAGAUGUUUGACAAUGGAAACUUCCGCAGGAAGAGAAAGAGAAAAUCAGAUUCGUCUUCCAGCACGGGCUCUUUAACUUCAGAGAAAACAGAGAACAGUCUCCUGGCAGGCAGCCCCAAGCCCACAGAGCCUCAGGACAUCUUAGAGACUGCCUCGCCCCCUGAUACCACCACCAGCUCCCCAGAGAAGCGAUCCUCCCCUGCCCCCUCAGGCACCCCGUGCCUCAACAACUUCCUCUCUACCAUGACAGCCUACGUGAGUGGGACAAACCCCAUGAGCCGCUCAGUGGCCACACCAGGACUGAGCCCAGAGCCUACUGACAAGAUGGGGCAGAACUCACUAGGUUUCAACUCCUAUACCCCCCUCACCAACCUCAGUAGCCACGGGAGUGGGGGUGAAUGGGCCAACCCAGUACCCACCAAUGCUCUGGGCUAUGGAAGCUCUGUCCUCAACCAGUUCAGCCCACAUUUCUACAAUAGCAUUAACACCAACAAUGUCCUCUUCCCCAGGGAAGGCACUGAAGUCUAG